AUGGCGGCACUAUCUGAUUUUUCGCGCGUGAACGAGAUUGUUCUGGUCCGGUCUCCCGCUGGUGAUGAUCAGUCGUCGCCUUCGGCCGAUGGAGUGGUGUCUUCGCGGUCCAGCAGCAAGACUCUAGCUGGUGCCACCGCGCCAGAGACGAUAUUGCUGCUUUCCUGGGGUGAUGCGGCCUCAAAACACAUUGAGAAGUACACCAACAUGUACAGUAAACUCUACCCCGGAGCCAAAAUCAUUCUUGUCCGGGGCGGCGUGGCAGAUUUCCUGUAUCGCUCGGAGAGCACCCAGCGCAAGCUCGUGGCGCCAGCGGUGAAGAUCCUGAGUGAAUCGGCGGAUGAAUCGACUUUGCUUGUACACGUCAUGUCGAACGCCGGAUCCAAGUCAUGGUCGACAAUCAGCAAGUCGUACCUCGAAUCCACGGGACGCCCUCUCUCCAACGCCGCAACCAUCCUGGACAGCGCCCCGGGCCGCUGGCGAUUUGGGCAGACAUGGACAGCCCUGUCGCGAAGUUUGCCGCGCGCUUUCUUUCCCAGGAUGGCGCUGAGCUUUGUUUUCGGCAUGAUUUUGUGCGUGAUUCAAGUCAAAGACUUCGUUACUCCAGGACCGGAUGUCUUAGAUACCGUGCGGGAGAAUUUGAACAAAGUUGUUGCGACUAGACUGAAGGGAAGCCGGAGAUGCUACAUUUAUUCUGAUGCGGACGACAUCAUUGGAACCGAGGACGUGGAGGAGCAUGCGAAAGAUGCGCAGCAGAAGGGCUGGGCGGUGGAGCUCGUCAAGUUCCAGGGAAGUACACACGUUGGACAUUACAAACAGAACCCGGAAACGUAUCUAGAGGCGAUUCAGAGGACAUGGUUGGGGAGAUCGAAGUAA